AUGCGGACUGACGAGCUGCCGGCGGCGCCCAUGGACACCCCGGGUCCCGGCCGCCGGGGGGCGCCGUCCUGCGAGGCCUGGGGCUACUUCCACCUGGCCGCGGCGCGCCCGGGCCGCGCGGCCGGCCAGUGGGCCACGUGCCGGCUGUGCGGGGAGCAGGUGAGCCCGGGCUUCCACGCGGGCGCCGCGGCGCUGUGGCGGCACCUCGAGGGCGCGCACCGGCGGGAGCUGCAGAAGAGCGCCGCGCGCCCCCCGCCGCCGCCCGCCGGGCCCCCCGCGCCCCCCGCGGCCGCCGAGGGCGACUGGGCGCGCCUGCUGGAGCAGAUGGGCGCGCUGGCCGAGCGCUGCCGCGUGCGGGAGCGGGAGCUGGCGCGGCGCGAGGCGGCCGUGGGGCGGGCCCAGCGCGCCCUGGAGCGGAGGCGCCGCGCGCUGCAGCAGGAGGAGCGCGCCGCGGCCCAGGAGCGCCGGCAGCUGCGGGCCGACGCCGAGGCGCUGCGGGCGCGGCUGCGGGACCUGGGCCGCCGCGAAGCCGCGCUGGCCGCCGCCCCCGGCCCGCCCCCGCCCCCGCCCAAG